UAUAGUUUUAUAGUUUUUAUUCUGUGGUUUAGUUCUGUGGAGGAACACGACUGGAGGUUGUAAACUUUUACCAUAAAAAUUAAACAUACGCGUAUUUCAUGUAUUCUGUCUUGGAACUGACCACUACAUCCGCGGUGCUCUAGAACCAUGAACCUUGUUCUAUUAACUUGAAUAAAUUCUAGACGAACUCGAAUAUUGAAGAUCGUGAGAUACAUACGAGUUAAAUUUAACGCACCUUUUGCACUGAGAGCAAAAACGUAUUCUAUUUGACCAAUAUUCAGUGAAAUGGUGCAGUGUUUUGUAUUCGAUUUUUUAAUGCACUGUCAAUACUCGUGUGCACUCAUUGCGCACUUUCUGCACCUCCAAUUUUAAAACUAUAGUACGACAAUCGCGUAGUCGCGUAAUGCCAGUCGUGGUUUAGUGGAAUUUCAGUGCUCACUAUUUUGUCAAAUCGAAAACGUUUAAGGUAUAAUGCAGAUAAUAAUUAUCUAGGGGAGGCGUGAGACCAAAUUUAAUCUAUUCUGCGUCCAUAGUAUAUAAUAUACUGGUGCUGUAAAGUUAAAAUAUUCGAAAACCGCAUUAAGAAAAAUAUAAAAACACAGUAUGGAAGCGUCUAGAACAACAGUUAACGAUUCUACAAUAAAUUCCAAGUAUGAUUAUUUAUUAAAUAGACUGUUAACGAUUCCACUUAUCAGAUGUGAUGAUAAAGUUACAGUUAUUAAACAGGAGUUUAUUUAUACAAUAGACCAUAGAAAUGAUCAUCAACUAUUAAAAAUCAAGUGUGAUCAAGUAUUUAAUACAGUUAUUAAACAGGAAUCUAUUGAUGAAAUUCACCAUAAUAAUGGUCUUCAAUUAUUACAAAUCGGAACCAUCUGUCAAGCUGAAGAAGAAGUCACGACAAUUGAUACCGAAAUUAAAGUGGAAAAAGAUAAUAUUGAUGGCUGUGAAUUUGAAGGAACCGUUUUUAACGAAAGCCAUUCAUCGAAGCUCAUCACUCCUAUGAGUUCGGACAAUAGAUCUAACCUACGGGAUAAUCAUCAAAAAUGCAACAUCUGCAAUUUAUCGUUUAUUUCAAAAAAACUUUUGACAAGUCAUAUGAAGAUUCAUACCAGUAAAAACAAAGAGACAUUCGCUUGUGACAUUUGUAAGAAAUCAUAUAAUAUGAAAUCAUAUUUGACGAAACACUUACUGCUUCAUAUCGGAGAAAACCCUUUUAUAUGUACCGUCUGUAAUAAAACAUUUAGUGAUAAAAAAAAUUUAAAUAUCCAUAAGAGAACACAUUCUAAAAAAAAAGUAUAUAAAUGUGAUAUCUGUGAUAAAGCAUUAUCUUCUUCAGCAAGUUUAAGAAGUCAUACAAGGAUACAUACCGGAGAAAAGCCUUUCAAAUGUGAUUUCUGUAAAAAAGUAUUUACUACGAAACCAAAUUUAAGUGCACAUACAAGGACACAUACUGGAGAAAAACCGUACAAAUGUGAUAUCUGUGACAGAAGGUUUACUGAAGCUAAAAGUGCUCAUAAUCAUAUGAGAACACAUACUGGUGAAAAACCUUUUAAAUGUGAUAUCUGUGAUAAACGGUUUUCUCAUGCAUCAUCACUGAAAGAUCAUUCAUGGAAGCAUACAAAUAAGAAACCUUUUAAAUGCAAAAUCUGUUCUAUAGAAUUGACUAAAAAAUCGAGUAUGAAAAUCCAUAUGAGAACACAUACUGGAGAAAAACGUUUUAAAUGUCAUUACUGUUCAAAAUUAUUUUAUCGUGGAGAACAUUUAAGAACUCAUACAAUGAUACAUACCGGAGAAAAGCCUUUCAAAUGUGACAUAUGGUCAAAAGCAUUUUCUUCUAAAUCAGGUAUUAUUAGCCAUAUGAGAUCACAUACUGGUGAUAAGCCGUAUAAAUGUGAUAUCUGUGAUAGUAGAUUUUCUUUUUUGUCAAGAUUAAAUGUUCAUACAAAGACACACACCGGAGAAAAGCCUUUUAAAUGCAACAUCUGUUCAAAAACAUUUCAUAGUAAACCAAAUAUGGUUCUCCAUAUGAGAACACAUACUGGCGAUAAGCCGUAUAAAUGUGAUAUCUGUGAUAGAAGGUUUACUCAAAGACACCAUUUGAAAUAUCAUAAAUCAAUACAUACAGAUGAUAAGCCUUAUAAAUGUGACAUUUGUUCUAAAACGUUUGGUGUAAAAUGUAGUCUUAAAACUCAUAUUAUAUCAAUUCAUACUAGAGAAAAGCAAUUUAAAUGUGAUAUCUGUGGUAAAGGGUUUUAUCUUGCUAAAAUUUUAAAAAGGCAUACAAUGAUACAUACCAAUAAAAAGGCCUCCUAAAUGUAACAUCUGUUCAAAAACAAUUACUUUAAAACCAAUGCGGAAAAUUCAUAUAAGAUAACAUAUCGAUAAAAAGCCGUAUACAUGUGAUCUGUAAUCCAGUGUUUUCCUGUGCAGAACAUUCAUAAACCUUAGGACACGACAUAUUAUAAAAAAAUGUCUUUAAAAUUAUAUCUAUUCUAAAGUAUUUAUUGAUAAUUAGUUAAUUUUUUUUAGUCAUUCUUUAAUAUUUUAAAGUAUCAAUUUAUUAUUAAGUAUAAAUAUACAUUAAAAAAUCUAUUUAAUUUAGUUUAUUGAAUUUAGUACUUCUUAAUUUCAUCGCAAUAAGCAUUUUAAAAUUGACUUUAUAAAUCUACGUUCAAUCUACGGUAGUUAAAAAAUCUAUACUUGACAAAAAAAUCUAUUCAUUAAGAAAAUCUUUUUAAUAAAGAAAUGUACAUUUGAUAAGUCGGAUAAAAAAUCUAUAUUUGUUAAAAAAAAAUAUUCAUAAAAAAACGAACACAAUUAUUUUUAAAUAUUAUUAAUGUAUUAACAGCUUAGUUUAAUUAAUUGUUUUGACAUAUUAUAGUUUCAUUAAUGAAUUGUUUUGAUUUAUGUUAUUCAACAAUUUUCUUUGAUAUUAUGUAGAUAAAAAUUAGUUUUCCCGUGGUAGUGUAUGGUACUACAGUCGAAAAAUCAGAUUUUCAGGAGAAUGGGUGAAGUAUCAUAUAAUUAUUAUAAAGUUAUCACUUAGAGCGGAUUUUGAGAAAUACACCAACGGAUAAGGGUUUAACUUACAAACUCUGAAAACCAACUUACAAAUACUUACAAAUGAAUAUCUUUAACUUACAAUUGGUCCCGAUCGAUUUGCCCGAUAUGGGGGGGGGGGGGCAACUUCACACACGUAAUUUAUAAGCUUUUAUAAUUUAUAAUUUAUUAUAAUAUUAUUACCUACUAUUAUUAUUAUUGUUUUUUUAAUUUAUUAUUAUUAAUAUUAUUAUUAUUAUAUUGUAACGUAAUUUUUCAUUGUAAGGCCCCUGAAUAAUGUUAAACUAUUCCCCUUUAAUAUUUACUGUUUUAUAAAAUGCUAUUACAAUUUUAUUAUUCAAAAAAAUAUGUUUCCGGUAUUAGUAUUAUUAAUAUAUAUUUUCCAUAUUGACAUAUUUUAUUAUUAUGAACUAUUAUUAUAUAUAUUGUAUAUUUAAAUUUUAAAUUGUAAAAUUGUGUGCCUGAAAUAUCAAAAA